AUGAAGAUCAAGGUUCAUCCUCGCUUAAGGCCUUACCUCUCAAAGCAUUUUAUCAAGCAGCUCCCAAAGAUUACUAUCCCAGUCAACUUAAAUCUGGUAGCUUUUAAGCAGUACUGGGAAAAAUGCAGUCUCACUUUGAAGAGAAAUUCUCUUAUAUUUUUCUCGAAAGAUCUUAUAGAUCUCAUUAACAAAACAAACAAUCGUUUGCUUUAUUGCGACCUUCUCUCUAAAAAGCAACAAAGUAUCAGCAAUUCAAGCAUUUCAGGCACUCAAUAAACUCAGAAAUCAGUUGAUUAUUAACUAUUAAAUGCUUUCGAAAUGCUUUGGAAUAUCGAAAAUACAUAGAAAGAAAACAAUACUAACAAUAAUAGUGGCAAAAAAAGCGGCGACAGUAAUACUACAUUAGCUACGUAAGGCUCAAAUGUGGCAGAAGAUAACUUAGAUCUAGUUAAAAUAUUGUCCCAUACCCCUGAUAUCUUAUCAACUUCAACGGAUGCUAAUUAAAACUUCGGAACCAGUAAAGUUCAAGGCCAUGCCUUGACUAUUAAGGAUGAAUAUCUCUCACAACUGAUAGAUCUCUGUAGGGAAGCCACAUGUUCAGGAUUUUUAGAGAGCACAUCUGAUUCUUUUAUUUAUAGCACAGAGACAAACGAAAAAUUGUGUGUGGUUUAAGAAGAACUACUUUUCAAAGCAAUUAACGCCUCUGACAUAAAGAUCUGGGAAGAUUUUGAAUUUAUUUUAGGUUUCAUCAUCGAAAACAGACUCGUUUAGUUUUAUCAGACUUAUCUGGACAAUGAAUACCAGAGAAAAUGGAAAAAGAUUGAUUAAGAACUACUCUCUAUUCAAGAGAUAAAUGCAGGAGCAUCUCAAGGACCUAUUUUGAAGUCUAAGAAAAAUAAAACUAAGAAAGCUAGAAGAAAACAAAAAGUAUAUAAUGAAGGAGGUGCGGUUAAUCCUUCAUCCCAAUUAAUACUAAAUACAGAUCAGGAUUAAUCUGAAAAUCACUCAUUAGCUCGCUUGAAGAAAAUCUAAGGCAAACUCUAAUUCUCUGACAAAAAAAGAAAACCCCUACCAAGAUUCGAAAAAUUCAAAAUUCCAAUCGAUUUCAGAAGAGAAGAGUUCUCUUUAGAUUUUACGAGCUCUUACUCAGAUAAAUCUACAAGCGAUAACUUCGUCUCUGAUGAGGAUUAUAUCCAAAAACAUCGAUUGACAAGAAAAAAUUUGAAACCACUUGAGCUUGAAUAUCAAAAGUCCAGAAACACAGGAGGUUGUUCUAACAAUUCUAAAGAACUCUCAAGCUCUAAGAACUAAGCAAAUCUCAACACUGGGAAGUUUUAUUGGUAUCUACCAUAAAUCAUUCCUAUUAAGGAGAAAGUACACAGAGCAAACUUUGAUGAAGAUGAUGAUGUGAGUAGCGAAAGUAGUCUUGACUCCAGUGAAAAUGAAGAAGCCUUAGAGUAGUACAUGUAAGAAUGCUACUAUCAUACUUACCAGAUGUUUGAAUCGUAAGCUAGACAGCAAAAUCAUGUGCUUGACAUCUUUAACUUCAACCCUAACUCACUUUGGCAGAAUAUUUAUAUGCAUAACCAAUAGAUGGACUAACUAUUAGCAACUACAAUAGGAGGGCAAAAUCACCAUACUUAAUUCAAUUAAUAACAAUAGUAUUGGGAAUAUCCAUCACAGAAUCAAACUCAACCUCACUAUAACAAUAGUCAUCAUCAAAAUACUAUGUUCACUAAUUAAAUUCCUCAACCACAAACUCACAUGAAUCAUCAUCAUACUCUUCAAACAAUGACUAUUGCGCCAUAGUAAUAUGGAGUUGCAUAGAAUCUAUCUUUUCAGCAGAGAGGGCCUCAGCAAUACAACUGA